GUUGGCAAUGGAUUAUGCAAGGAUUUAUUUAAGAAAUGGUCCGCAUUGGAUCAAUCUUGCUUCAUAGUUGAGAGAGUUUCCGGUAGUAUUACCUAUCUAUUGAUGAAGGUGUCUGAAGGAAGAGAAUGGUGA